AUGACAAAUUUUCAAAAGUCAGCUGGGGUCAAUUUGACCCCAUACCACCAAAUCAAGAAUGAGUCGAAGGAAUCAACAGGAAGACCAGAUAGUCUACCAUAUUCUUAUACAACUGCAAUUUUUUUUACCGAUACCAAUCCUUUAAUUAAAUACGAAAUUGAUGAAACUUUGGAAAUCAAGGAAGAGAUUAUUCAAGAACCAGAGACUACAGGUAAAAAAUGUGAUGAAAGAUACGGUUCAAAAGUUUGCACCAUGGAUAUAAGCGAAGCUGCCAUUUUGAAAAAGAAAAAACCGCAGACCAAAUUGCAUGAGAAAAUUAAGGAAUUAAAACCGGAAAUGAUGUACAAAUGCAAUAGGUGUGCUCGAACCUAUAAACAAAAACGGUAUUUGGCUUGGCAUCAAAAAUUCGACUGCGGAGUGAUGCCACAAUUCCAAUGUAAAUUCUGCGGUAGACGAUUCAAACGGAAAUUUAAUAUGAGAGUCCAUAUUAAUACUUUGCACAUGUCUUUAAAACCUGCACCAGUAAAACCAAAAUUUACCUGCGAUUUUUGCGGAUACAUAGGGAAAAGUAAAUGUAACUUGGAACACCACAUUACUUCUCGCCACUUACGGACAUCGACAAAAAGGUUCCGAGAGAGUAAAUCAAUUAAUAAAUGUUUGAAACUCAAGGAAAAAAUCAUCCAAGAUCCAGAGACUACAGGUCAACAACGGAACGAAAUAUACGAUUUAGAAGUAUGCACCGUAAAUACAAUAAAAGAAGCUGCUUAUCAUAAAAAAAUCGGUUGCAAAGGCAAGCUACAAUUUUCAUGUAAAUUGUGCGCCAAAGAGUAUGCACGGAAAUGUGAUUUUAUUCGCCAUAUUAAUUGUGCACAUAUGCGUUUACAACAAUUUUCUUGCGAUUGUUGCCAAUAUAAAACAAAUCAUGAGGCAGACUUUUCGAAACAUAUUGCUGCUCACCACUUACAGUCAUCGAAAAAAGGGUAUAAUUGCGACAAAUGUUCGCGAAGCUACAAUUGGUCAAGAGAUUUAACUCGACAUCAACGUUUAAAACAUGCAGCAGUUACACCACUUUUCAUUUGCGACUAUUGUGGAUUUAGAACGAAUCUGAAAACUAGUUUGGCAACACAUAUUACUAAACGCCAUCAUAAGGAAUUAAAUAAUUAUUAAAAAAUUACCUUGUUGUCUUAUAUUAUAUGCGUGUGUAUUUCUUAAAUUAAUUUUGAUGAAAAUCACUACAUAAUCCUUAAUUUUAGUUUUUGUAAGUUCCGAAAGAGUCAACUUAUUAUUUGUUGAUACCAAUAUAAAUUGCAUUUCUUAAAUGUAGAAUUUGUUAAUGUACGCCUUAUUUAUUUGGAAAAAGGAUAUAUAGUUGUAAGACGUAGGAAAUUAUUAACCAUUUUAUUAUCGAUUUAUGUCACUUAAACAUCAGUUGAUGAGAAUGAACUGAAAUUGUUUCCCUGAUUUUAUCCUAAUUAGGAAAUAAUAGUCAUUUCUGUGUAGGCAGUGCUUUAUUCGGAAAUUGAUUCAAAAUUAAGUAUCAACUACAUGACGAUUUUGUGGAACACAUAAUACGAUAUAAAUUUUGUAGAAGAUUAAGCAUUUGCAUAACACGUAGAUUGGGGUCCUUAUUUUUCGAUUUAAGAUUUAUCUUGUUCUCAUCCCCGCCCCCUUCAAUUGGAAUUACAAACAAAAAUUAUCUCCACUAAAUUUGAGCGAAAUCAGUUGAUACUCAUAUGUGGCUCCAAAGACACAAAGCUUCUCAUGCAAUUAAUAUGGGGAGAAGUAAAGUAAAAUUCCAAAUGCAAUUAAUUUGUUUAUAUAUCAUCGGAAUCCUUUGGAAAAUUUAUUUAUUAGAAAGCGUUAAUUAACAGCCGACAUUAUUAUAAAGAAAUAUAUUUCGUAAAUAGAUCUCGAAAUUUUCACUAGACUUAAGAUGGCGCAUCAUUACUAUUUUUAAAAAGUUACCUAAUUUUUACAAAUUGAAACAA